AUGCUUUCUGCUGCCGCGACCAGCAUGGGUGAUUCUCUGAAGCCUUCCUCGUCGCCUUCAUUACCUCAUACGGACUGCAGAAAUCUGUCAGAUCAGCCUACUACAACAACAGCCACCGAUGUCCCUUCCAGCACUAAUCCUGCUGCCUCUGAACCUCUACAAAAGGCUGAAGCGGCACCGUCACAAAUCAGCGAGGCCUCACUCCACCCCGCCCCACCGGCUGACGAUAAUACCGACGUCCCCGAUUCCGCGGGGACAGAAUCCAAGGAACAGGUGAGGGCCGAUCAGGAGGCAAGACCUGAAGGUGAUGAGGACGAAGAUGAAGAUGCCGGGGACUCGGAAUUUGAAGUGCCUGCGGAUUCACGUGCAGAGGAGGAUGACGACAGUAUUGCAGCCGAUGAGGACAUUGCUGAUGAGGAGGAAGUCAACAGCCUCAUGCGUGUACGUUUGCCCAUGUCAGUUAACUCUAUUGUGUCACCUGCAUUUCUCUCAUUUUGCCCCCUG